AUGUACAGCUCUGUCAGACUUUCCUUCUUGCUUGCGAUCUCGAUUACUUUCGUGGCAGCUCAAGAUCCAACGCCCGUGGCGCCACCUAGCAACGGGGGUUGCUCUUCUCAGCAACUCGUCGAUCAAUGCGUCAUGACAAUGAAGAGUGCGCUAGCAAAAUGUACGACGAACGACUGGGAUUGCAAGUGCACAGCUCAAGCGAACAUCGCCAACUGUUACGUUGAUUGUCUCAACAACGCAGACAGCUUUUCGGCUCAAUUAGCCUCCGCAGAAACCUGCGCCACUGCCAACGCAUACGACGCCGGAUUGACGGCUGUGCCAGCGACCUGGACCACCCCCGGACCAUCGACGGCGACCCCGGCGGAAAUUGACAGCGUUGACGAUGACGACGACAAUAAAGCGAAGACGACCAGUGCACCAACGAAACCUCUGAAAGAGCAGAAGGAUACAAAGCCGUCGGAGGGAGCUGCUGCUGCCAAGGCUGCAGGGAGCUGGCUGGCUCUUCUGGGAUUGGGAAUUGGAAUUGCCUUUUGA